AUUUCGUGAUCGGCCAGGGCAGCUAUGAUCCCCUGGCUGACAAAGUUCGUGCUGAUUGUAGCCAGUGUAUUGGCUGUAAAGGGGAAUCCUCUUAAUAGACGAACUGAGGUGCCAGAAGAUUUUCUGAUCAAAUUAGAAUCCGUCCAAAAUAUUAGCCAAUUCCUAAACAGCUGGAUUGAUCAAGCUGCUGUUCAACGAGCUUACUUAUUUCAAGGAGACGAAGGUGGGUCUACAGUUGAAGUAGCUCACCCAGCGGGUUGUGUUCCUGAAAUGCAAAUUGUAGAAUUUGAAAGGCCAUAUGAUCCGUCCUUAGUUAUCUGGCCUGUUUGUACCAGAGUCCGAAGAUGUGGCGGCUGCUGUAGCAGCAAACUUUUACAUUGUGUACCAACGAGAACCAGCACAAUCACAGUCAAGGUAAUAAAAGCCCGCUAUCCUCAUCCAGGAGCUGAAAUGUUAGAGCUAGAGGGCUAUGAAAAUGUGAGAUUGGAGCAACAUGAUCGUUGCGCUUGUAAGUGCCGCCAAGAAGAGCGAGACUGUACGCCAGAGCAGAGAUAUCAGCCUGGUCAAUGCAGGUGCGUAUGUCGCAAUCACCAUGAAGCAGCGCGUUGCAAGCAACCAGAUCAAUAUUGGGAUACUAAAGAGUGCACAUGCAAAUGCAGACAUCAGUCGGACUGUUCAACUGGUUCAGUCUUCAACAACAAUAGCUGCAAAUGUGAAUCCUUAAAUCAUACACCACCUUUACCUGAAAGAGUUCCUGGGCCUGCUCCACAUUUGAGCACACUUCUCCGUGAUGAUGGAGGAGAAAAUGAUGCCUACAGACUCAGAUACGCAGGCGUGGAUCCAGAUUCGCACAUAGGACCUUUUGAAUUAUCCCAUCACAUACAGGACGAUAGGACAUACGUUCUAGAAAAUGUUACCACUCCUCAAUGGACAAAAAAUUGAACCGUCCUUCGCAUUAUUGCAGUGUUUCAACCGUGUUUCGACUUUCUGCAAAAAUGCUGCGCGGCGGCAAGCAGGCCAAAUUCAACACUCAGUCACAGAAGUCAAUCACCAAUUCCAUUUUAACUCAUUUGAAGAGAGAAGUUUUUCAAGGGUGGUUUGCGUCAAACUGUGAUAAGUACAUUGCAAGAUUUGUCCAGCAAAUCGAAAUGUCACCGCUGCUUUAUUAUGCUUACAGAUUCUAUAUUUUGCGUCAAGAAUUGGUUUGUGGACUAAAUAGCUAUGUGCUAACCAAAUGGUACGCAAUUGUUCCUCAUUUUUGAAUCUGAUACUAAUGUUUGUGCCUUAUUGGAUCUCAGAGAAUUGUAGAGAAAAAGACAUUUGAAACACGAUGUCAAAUCUGCAACUUUCAGACAAAAACUGCUGUCAAGUAUUAAACAUAGGCAACGGGUGCUGAUUUGAGUCCCAUUAAUAGAAAAGAAAUCUCUAAUAUAUUUUAAAUAAAGGAGUUAAAUUUUUAAAAAUAUUUUUAUUCCAAAUUAGGAGAGAAAACAGUUCCUCUGAAGCAGGAUAAAUCGGUGAUAUAUACAUACGAUACAAAUAUUAUUUCUAAAGAACACAUGUGGAUUAUCUUCUGACAUAUGUUGUGAAAAUAUACAUAAAUGGAACCAAAUUUAGAAGAAAUAUAAUAUAUAUAUUUAUAUAUAUGCAUAUCGACACUUCACAGAA